AUGGCAAUGUUGGAUAUGUGUAUGAAGGCGAACAUUGAGGUAUCCGCCGAGGAUAUAGGGACUUCACACCGAGCUGGGAAGCUACACAAUUCCACUCCUAAUCAUGUUUCAUCGAAACCAAGGCAAAUUACUGCACGUCUGAAGUCCAAAGAUGUUAAAUUCCAGCUACUUAAGAACAAUGCUAACUUCCACAAAUCUGAGGCUUGUAAAGGUUUUACGGGUCGGAAGAAUGUGGUUACCGGCGUCGAUAUUGCGGACACAAACGUCGUCAAACCUUUCCAGGACAUUCCUGGACCAUCGGGAAUCUACCAGUUGCCUUUCCUUGGUCUCCGGUUACAGUUAAAACCAUUCACCGAAUUUAAGAUCACCCGUCUGGAUCAACUUAUGAUGCACUAUAAAAAUCGCUAUGGACCCAUCUGUAAAGUACGCAUGGGCAAACGUUGGAUGGUGUUCCUGUUUGAUCCUACAGUCAUUGAGACGGCCUUCCGAAACGAGGGGCGGUAUCCCCAGCGACCGUCUAUAAUGUUAUUGGAACACUUCUAUCAAGGCCAGUCAUGUCCGUCAAUGUCAAUACUGCAAGGGAAAAAAUGGUUUGAAAUGAGACGUCCAUCUCAAAUGACACUGAAGAAACCACAAAGCAUUGCAAAGUUCAUACCCCAGCUAAGCGAGGUUGCUGACGACUUUGUAGAGAAAUUCAGAGAUAAUAAUCUGAUGGAAAAUCUACCUCUGCCUUGUCUGGAGUAUUCCACAGAAGGGGCUGGUACCUUAUGCUUUGGUCUGCGACUCGGCUGCAUUACUAAAAUUAGUGGGAGCAAAGAGGCCGCCAUACUGGAACACGUGCGAGGAUUCUUUGGAAUUCUGGGAGAAUCCAUGUACUCUGUGCCCUGGUUCAUGUUGUAUGAAACACCCUCUUACAGGCGAUUUGUGGAACACAUCAUGUUCAUGAGAAGGAUAGCUGAUGAACACCUCCAAAGAGCGAGGCAAGAACUAAAAACCAGAAUGACCGACGAUGAAGAAGCAAACCUGAUGUUGGACAUGAUGAAUAAUCCGGGCAUGACUUCGGAAAUGAUCUCCAACAACUUAGUUGACCUCUUCAUCGCAGGAUUAGAUUCGACGGCAAUGGCCCUGACCUUUCUGUUCUAUCAACUGGCACGGAGUCCUGAUAAACAAGAGAAGCUGUUUGACGAGAUUCGGGAUCACAUACCUGUAUCUGGUCAUAUACAGGAGGAUGUACUGUUUCACCUGCCGUAUCUUAAGGCUUGUCUGAAAGAGUCCUUAAGAUUAGUUUUCCCCGUGUCCAUUGGAAGCACUCGGAUACUGAACAAAGAUAUCCAGUUAUUAGGAUACAACAUUCCUAAAGGAUGCAUAGUUGCUGGAGGCAACAGUGUAAUUGGGAAGGACCCGACAUACUUUCACCAUCCUAAGGAGUUCUUGCCUGAACGAUGGCUUCGCACGGGACAAACACACAUACACGGGUUUGCACAACUACCGUUUGGAUUUGGUCCUCGGGACUGUAUUGGCAAACGCUUCGCUGAAAUGGAAGUCUAUAUAUGUGUGGCAAAGAUUGUGAGAAACUACAGGAUCACCCUUCCGGAGGGACUCACCGACAUACAAUACAUAUAUCAAACUUUUGCAACUCCUGAGAAACCUUUCUCUUUGCACCUUCAGCACCGUUCGACAGGAUGAAAACUGACAUUGUAUUCUGUAUGGCCGAAUUUUACCAGUAAUUGUGACUCAAUGCAUCCAUGUCUUACUGGAUAAUAUAUUACACAAUAUUAGUUGGUAUGAAAGCAUUUCUAUACCAGUGCUACAAUAUGAACUACUCGGUCUCUGUCCGACGUUUUACUUUGACUGUUUUCAUGUUCUACAUAUAUUAUUGCAUCAAAGGAUCUCUGUCCCACUGAAGGCAAAAUCCUAGAUAAUUUCACUGUUGUCUUGCACAUCUGUUGUUACCUCCCCUUAAUUCCCGGGGUUCGAAUUCCUGUCUGAUCUCCUAGCAAUUUACUCUCAGAACACUUGUUGAUAAUAUUUGUUUCUGUAUUUUAUCUAUAUUUAAAAUGCUCCGCAAGGUGU